UUCUUAUCAAGCAGACCAUUGAAGACUCGACCAUCACCACUCGGUUUCACGAAGAGUGACAAUCCCCGGAUUGACGUACUAGGGGUAGACGAAAUUAGAGACUGCACUAGUAAUCCAUUAGUUGCGCUGUUAAGGACGAGUAAGAAUCACAAACGCAAGCUUCUCAAUACCAUAGGUUUCAGAAGGAACAAAAAACAGAUCGGAACAGAAAGGUUCCACAAAACAAAAUGGUGAUAAGGAAUGGAAAUAUACCAGAAAGGGCCCCUCUUCCCCCUGAUGGUUUGGCAGACAAUCCAAACGAUGUCAAAGAGCUGCUCUCAAAAUUUCCUAUUUCGGCUACAGAUGUAUCGAAGGUGAAGGUGGACGAUCUUCUUUCGAAUGAGCUUCUUCAGCUAUCCCUGCAAGACCGUAAUGCAAUCAACGAAGAAAUACACGGUGUGCAAAAUUUUGCCCCCGAAGAAACGCCGGAGAUGCUUUCCAAAGCACUUAGAGAUAUGCAAGACGAGAUCAACAGAACACCCAACAAGAUAGCCUACGAUCACAGCCAGGAGUUUCCGCAAACCUAUGUGAACAGCGAAGGAUUCAGACUGAGGUUUCUUCGCUCUGAUUUGUUCGAGGUGCGAAAAGCCGCCAAGCGGAUGUUAAGCUUCCUGGACCUCUUGUUGGAAAUAUUCGGAGACUUCGCCCUGAGGCGGCAGAUACAGAUGAGUGAUUUCAACAGGGAGGAGAUGCAGCUAUUUCGUGCGGGUCGAAUGCAGCUGCUACCCUUUCGAGAUCGAAGUGGGAGACGUAUUUUCGUAUCUGUCGGUGGCUUUGGAAUCAAGUCGUCUUUGGUAACAAGAGUAAGUUUGAAAUUGUCCAAUUUUGAUUUCGAUGCUACACCAAAUGCAAGUUUUUAUAGUCAACAAUGCAACCCGCCCAUCUAACCAGCUCAUCGGUGAAUACAUGGAUCAUGUUAUCUCUCGUAGGUGAAGAUUCUUAUAUAUCUGAUGCUUUCAGCAUCAGAAGAUGUGGAGACGCAGAGAAAAGGAAUCACUUCUGUCGUUUGGCCGGGAACAAAGAUGCCCGAGGGGGACAAGGUUAACAACAUCAAGCUUGAUAGGGUCAUAUUCUUGAAGCGAGUGUACGAUAAUUUACCAAUACGGACAUGCUCCCUUCACUUUUGCCUACCAGAUACACCCUUCUUUCACAUGAUGCGAACCUUAUUUGUUUUGUCCAUGUCACACUAUAUGCAGCGAAUGAAGUUCCAUGUCGGUACGUGACCAUUAUUUUGGCGCAGCAGUACAUGCAUCUCAGUGUGUCGUUCUUGUAUUCACAGAUUAGUCUCUGUUAUGAAUGUGUGAUCCACUUGACCUGACGCAGAAUGUCCGUAUUUUUUUUGGAUCUUUCAUUACGCCACUCAUGGCUCGCUGCUCGCUUGAAAUGACGGCCUGCAAAACAAACCAAACGCCAUGAUUUGAAUGAAGGCGAAAAUAUUGAGCUACAAUACUGCGUAAAGGGGUAUGGUAUACCGGUCGAACUCAUUCCCUUGACCGAUACUGGAAACAUCAAAACAACAUAUUUGAAGCAAUGGAUUAAACUCAGAAGGAUGAUAGAAGUGGUUAAAAUGACUGGAGGAAACAACGAUGACUCCUCAUCUAUCAUAGAAUGUCCGGGAUCAAACGAUGUUAUCUUUCGGUCGGGGACGUCUAUGUCGUGUCAUGGUGGCAACGUACGCUUUCGGUGCAUGAUAGAAUCCAAACACGAAAUCCCCUCCAUUGUCUCCCAAACAACGCAAGCGGAGUUAGCAGAACAGUUAAUUGAGGAAAUCGAAUCGUUAGGAGGUCGCUUUCUCGAGUGGGACAACAGAGGGUAUUGGAGGGAAAUAGAUGAUCGAUUGCGGAUCCACACCAAAGUAGCUCUCUCGAUAAGGGAUUUUAAAUACAAGACGAAAGCACGGAGAAAUCAGCAAACAAACCAGAGUUACACAUAUCUAUUUCAAGGCCAGGACGGGAACAAAAGAAAGAGAGUGCCCGAUCCGGAGCCGCGUACUGAGAUAUCGCAGUGUCGGAGAUUUGAAUAAUACGACGGUUAUACGUGGUACGAUGCCAUGCAUCUCCUAUUAAUAACUGCCAUUUUCUACCACACUCUUAUUCACCAUUAAUGCAAAUAUGAAUGCCUUCUUAAGAAGUUUAUUGGUCGAGUCUAGGGCAUCCCGUUUUUCUCCCCAUAUCAGGAACAGGCAUCACAAAAGAAACAUUCUUGCUGGCUUUGGCACUGGUGGCUCUUGCUCUGUUGGUGGUACUCUUGUUCUUUAAAGCUAGUGAGUCGGCGGUAUUUUAGGUUUAUUCUUCUACUAUUUCUUGGGAAGGCCAGUACCAUAUUGCAGUGUUUCCUCAUUGCAGAGGUCAGGAACAACUGCAAUGUUCAUUUUUGCUGUGAAAUGAUGGUGUUUUUUUUUGGAAAGUGAAGCUUUGUGCUUGCACAUGAAAAAAUGCCUUUCCCUGGGUGGUCUUCAUGGGGUGUACUAGAUAUUGUGAUUUUACACAGUAUUACUUUUUUAAGUGCUCCCACACAGUUUACAUAUGCAAAUUUGUCCAUUAAUUUUUGUGCAUGAGCCAACCAUGCUGUGCCACUUUUUCAACAUUGGAUGAACUCUUCUAGCCAAUGCAUGAGCCAA